CCCUCCCAGGGCCCCGAGUCAACCCUCGUUCCGGCCGGCCGCCGCCGGUCCCCCCAAUCCGAUCGGCACCAUGCGCCGCGGCGGCUACUCUGGCCGCGGCGGAUUCGGCCACCAUAGCAGCAGCAGCAGCAGCGAUGGCAGGGGAUACCAUGGGAACCCUUGUCUCACGAUGCACCAGCCGUGGGCGUCGCUGCUGGUGCACGGCAUCAAGCGCGUCGAGGGACGCUCCUGGCCAUCCCCAAUCACAGGCCGCCUCUGGAUCCACGCAGCCUCCAAGGUUCCGGAUCCCGACACCAUCAAAGCCAUGGAGGAUUUCUACAGGGAGAUUUAUGCCGUCGACGGGAUCACUGGCAUCAACUUCCCACAACAUUACCCCGUCUCGCGCCUCCUUGGCUGCGUUGAAGUGGUAGGAUGUCUCAGGUCCCAGGAGCUUGUUUGCUGGGAAGAUGUGCCUCAGUCUGUGAGGCUAGAAGGGCUGACUGACUUUUGUUGGCUUUGUGAGAAUCCGCAGAAGCUGGUGGUUCCGUUCGAGAUGCGUGGUUACCAGGGUGUCUACAAUUUAGAAAGAAGGAUCUAUGAUGGGGCUGUCAGGGGCCUUACACCCGUUCAAGGUCCGCUGCCCGUCAAGUUCCCUCUUCCAGAUCCAAGAGAUCGCUCCUCUCUGAAGCCAGGAUCCCUCACAUUUGAUGCUCCCAAGUCUGCGCUACAAAAGUCCCCGAGUGUUACUGCAGCCAUAGCCGGGGCUCGAGCUGCAGCUACUCAGUUCUCAAAGAAGGAUCACAAUGCCGCAGCUGCUUGUACUAGUCAUGUGCGAGAGCAAUGCUCAGGUAAUGGUGAUCUGCCAUCCAUUGUCCAGGGCAGCACUGCAGCCUACUCGCAGAACCUGGAUGCCGAGCCUCUGAGACGCCCGAGACUAGAAUAUGGAGCUUCCAGUAGGUGGCACUGAAGGAACUGAAGCAAUUAAGCGGGAGCGAGAGAGGAGGAGGGCAACCAGUUGGCAGAAGCUGACCAAGCCGAGGAGUAACUUGCUUCGAUCCUUGUAUAAAGCAAACAUACAUACUGGUAUGCAUGUCAUGGCAUUUGGUCCUGCCAGUACUAUGUCAGUUUCUGGGAAGGAAGGUUGAUAGAUGGUAGACUGUGCUUUCCUGUAGGAACCAGGUACUUACUGUAUUUGCAUUGGGUAGAAAAUAAAUAGUAAGUUAGGAGUAGAUAAAUGGUGAGUUGCUAACCCCGGCAGGGGAUGAUGGAAUGGCCAUGUGUUGAUUCGGUCACGCAUGAAAAUAUUCAAUUCCAGGAAUGCAGGCAGGUUCGUGCACCUGUCCUGCUGUCCAGGAUGGAUGGUUCUUUCUUUGCUCAA